UAACCUUUCUAUAUAUACGCAUGUAGCAUAUCUUGCAGUUGAAGCAAAACUGUAUUAUUAAAUUUGAACCGUCACAGAGAGUUUUGCUUCUCUUUAUUCUUGUGUACACUUAAAGACGAUGAUAAUGAGUUUUUAUAGUUUUCGGAGUUGCUCAUAUAUUGCUCGUAUGUCGCCCCCAGCCAUAACUUUUGCGUCAAGGCGAUCACGCAUAACUUCUCUGCGUCAUGUUUGUGGUAAUAAGAAGUUUUUUCCGGAUGUACUCAUGUUUUCCCCCCGCACGUUUCACCUGUCUGCGCAACUGCCACAAACGACUACUCUAGCUCCUCCUCAUGUAAGCGGCUUGGCGCGCAAAGGUAGCGGCAAAACAUCUGCGCGUGGAAAAUCACUGCUUACCGAACUAGAACGUCCUACCAUAUUUGAUAAUGAAGGAAAGGGAGAAGAAAAAUUAGUUUGCUCAGCAAAUUUAGAUGUUCAGAAAAUUAGCGGUGCGGAAAACCUUCCGAAAACAAUGAGAGUCCUACCGAAUCGAAAGCUGCACCGAAAUGCGGGAAUAGGAAGAAAAGGCAUGAUAAGUUGUUUAAAACCUUCUCAACACAUGAGGAAGUUAGAAGAACAUCUCUCGUCAUGCCGUAACUCAGAAACAUUUUUUCAUGCCCUUCCUACUUCACCUGCUGUUGAGAGGAAAUCUAAUGAAGCUAAGUAUUCAAGUUUCAACGAGCUCGAAGACCAGCAAAGCGUGUUAAGAGAAACUUUUGAUUAUGCCUUUAAGAACCACCGUGUGCGUCUACGUAAGGAUCCUGAUGUUUACCGCCGUGAGUGUGCAGCCUACUGCCGUGACCAUUCUCAAAUGAAGCGUCGCCGGCCCACUGCUCAAGAAGUGCGUCCCUACACUGAAGUUACGCUAGCCUCAGUUGAAGCUCUUCGUGCGUUAGCGCACCUUAACCCGAAGACUAGUUCCAUGCACACCGUCGUGCAGCAGGGCUUGCUCCUACAGCAGAGUGUGAUGAAUAAUCAAUUGAUGCUUAGUAAUCAGCGAGUCCUGGUGCGCUGUUUACGAUGCUUUCAUGUGUACCCGGCUCGACCGCGGACACUAUGGGGCACGCAACCAUCUAGUGAUGAUGGUGUGCACACUCAGCACAGUUGGUACUCCUAUCAGUUGGAGUUGGAAAAGGCUCGGAAGACAAGGCAGCUCAGACGCUGCCCACGUCUCCGGAAGCAACUCUACAGCAUAGGCCAUCAACGCACCGACUUUGAGGACAAUCCAACAUGUUGCCCUUUCUGUGGGAGUCCGAAGGCGCAGUGGGCCAUGGAAUAUGUUCACAAUCGGACCCAUGCCCGAUCGGCUUGA